CUCGGACCCUGCGAUGGAAGCGUGUCCUCGAGGGCCGGGUAACCAACUGUGGGUGACGAGGCGGCGGAGGUGGGUCUCGAGCGCCCCUCCAGGCCUCGAGUACCCCGAGCUGCUGGCGCUCGCCGCUGCCCGCCCCUGCCAGCCCCUCCCAGGAGUGUGUAGAGCGCGUGUGCAGAGGCGUGCGGAGCCAGCGCAGCGAGGACCAUGUUGCUUCCGAACAUCCUGCUCACUGGUACACCAGGGGUUGGAAAAACUACGUUAGGCAAAGAACUUGCAUCAAGAUCAGGACUGAAAUACAUUAAUGUGGGUGAUUUAGCUCGAGAAGGGCAGUUAUAUGAUGGCUAUGAUGAAGAAUAUGACUGUCCCAUUUUAGAUGAAGAUAGAGUAGUUGAUGAGUUAGAAAACCAGAUGAGUGAAGGUGGAGUUAUUGUUGAUUACCAUGGCUGUGAUUUCUUCCCUGAACGCUGGUUUCAUAUAGUAUUUGUGCUGAAAACAGAUAACAGUAUUUUGUACAAAAGACUUGAAAAUAGGGGUUAUAAUGAAAAGAAACUAAAAGAUAAUGUUCAGUGUGAAAUUUUUCAAGUUCUUCAUGAAGAAGCCUUAGCAUCCUACAAGGAAGAAAUAGUGCAUCAACUGCCGAGCAAUAAACCAGAAGAUCUAGAGGAUAAUAUCAAUCAGAUACUGAAAUGGAUUGAGCAGUGGGUCAAAGAUCACAGUUCUUAACAAGAAUGGCCACUGCACAAUCACUCUUGAUAUCUCUCUGCUAAUGUCACAUAAAUUAUCCAGUUAUCAAUAAAACUUUCUUAUUGAAAUUGUGCUGUUAGACUAGGAGGUGGAUAGUAUAAAGGUGUAUGUUUGGGUUUUUUUCUCUAUGAGAAAGCUAAACUCGAAUAUAAUAAAUAAUACUAUUAAGGAUUGAGAGUUAAAACUGUAAAAGUUUAUUACAUAAGAAAAUCAAGAUGAUCUCUUAAAACACAGGUUAAAGAUAAAGCAUCAAUUUUCCUUUUUUCUUUUUUCUUUCUUUCUUUCUUUCCAUUUUGCACUCUGUAUAGAUUCAAAAUGUUCAAAAGCAUAUACAGAUGGUGCCCAACUUAAAAUGUUUCAGCUUAGGAUGUUUUGACUUUAUGAUGGAGCAAAAGCGAGAACAUACACACUAGAAAUUGAUAGCUUAUGGUGAAUGAUGUCUGAUUCAUGAUCUCUGAAGAAGAUUUAGCUUCGGGGACCAGGGACCAGGCUUGAUCACUCAAGAGCUUUUGUGUAGCAGAGUGUUAGUAAAGUAUCAAAAGGACAGAGAAAGCUUCUGACACAGACAUCAGAAUAGUCUAAGCAAGAGAGUUACAUACUUUUAAAAUUAGUUAUUACAAUAAAUCAAAAGAAUGUCUCAAGGUUGUAAAGAUCUUCCUAGACCACUCCCAUAAUUUACAUUUUAAGGUAACAGGAUUAGCCAGAAGGUUUUCAAGAAGGAGAAACUGUCCUCAAGCUGGAUACAUUGUUGUUAUAUAAUCCUUACUAAGUAACUAAGUGUUAGCCAGUCAGUCCUGCACUACUGGGAUCCCAUGGACUGCAGCCCACCAGGCUCCUCUGUCCAUGAGAUUUUCACUAAGGAAUGUAGAAAAAAACGUUUGUUCAUUCCUCCUCCUUGAGAAUUCCCUCUUUUCCUCAGGGACCCUGGACUUACUAUCAACCUACCCAGGAAUUGACUCUCUCAAAAUCAUGCUUUGAAUUUUUAUCUUUUCCUGGGCUAGCGAUCUGCUUGCAGCCUGUUACCUGUGAUGGUGGGGAGUGGGGUGGCUGCAGCUCCCAGUCAGCCAGGUGAUAAUGAGGGUAAACAACUGAAAAAACUUUCCACCAUUCUGUACCAUGUAACUGUUCUACUUUUAACUUUCAGUUCAGUAGUCAAUAAAUUACGAGACAGUUAACACUUUGUUAUAAAAUAUGCUUUAUGUUAAGAUGAUUUUGCCCAAUUGUAAGUUAAUGUAAGUAUUCUGAGCAUAUUUAAGCUAGGCUAGGAUGGGAGCUUCCCUGGUCAUCCAGUGGUUAGGACUCUGAGCUUCCACUGCUAGGCGUGUGGGUUCACCCCUGGUUGCAGAACUAGGAUCUCACAUUCCACAGUGUGUGGGGGAAAAAAAAGGUAGGCUAGGUUAAGCUGUGAUGUUUGGUAGGUCAGGUGUAUUAAGCACAUUUUUGACUUAGGAUAUUUUCACUUAUGAUAGAUUUAUCAGGCUGUAACCCUGGCAUAAGUCAAGGAAGAUCUGUAGGCUUCCCUUUCAGGCCACCCUGUUCUUUAGUCACUGCUGGAUUACCUCCCUUUAGGAAAGAAUGUUACUGGUUUGGAUAUGUGUGUGCUUUUUUUAAGCAUAUGAUAGCAUACCAUGCAAACUGUUCCAUCAUUUUUUUUUCAUUUAAUAUAUUUUAGAUAUUAUACCAUCUUAGAACAUACAGUCCUUCCUAUUCUUUAUUAAGCUGUAAUUCACAUAUAAAAUCUGCUAUUUUAAAGUGUACAGUCCAUUUUAGAAAUCGUAUUCACAAGAUUGUGCAACUACCCCAUUCUGUAACACUUUCAUCACCCCAACCAAAAGACAUCCCAUACCUAUUAGCAGUCACUUCCCAUUCUUCCCUUCUCCUCAGUUCAGUUCAGUUCAGUCGCUCAGUCAUGUCCGACUCUGCAACCCCAUGAAUUGCAGCACGCCAGGCCUCCCUGUCCAUCACAAACUCCUGGAGUUUACUCAAACUCAUGCCCAUCGAGUUGGUGAUGCCAUCCAGCCAUCUCAUUCUCUGUCAUCCUCUUCUCCUCCUGCCCCCAAUCCCUCCCAGCAUCAGGGUCUUUUCCAACAAGUCAACUCUUCGCAUGAGGUGGCCAAAGUAUUGGAGUUUCAGCUUCAGCAUCAGUCCUUCCAAUGAACACCCAGGACUGAUCUCCUUUAGGAUGGACUGGUUGGAUCUCCUUGCAGUCCAAGGGACUCUUAAGAGUCUUCUCCAACACCAUAGUUCAAAAGCAUCAAUUUUUCGGCGCUCAGCUUUCUUUGUAGUCCAACUCUCACAUCCACACAUGACUACUGGAAAAACCACAGCCUUGACCAGACGGACCUUUGUUGGCAAAGUAAUGUCUCUGCUUUUUAAUAUGCUAUCUAGGCUGGUCAUAACUUUCCUUCCAAGGAGUAAGUGUCUUUUAAUUUCAUGGCUGCAGUCACCAUCUGCAGUGAUUUUGGAGCCCCAAAAAAUAAAGUCUGACACUGUUUCCACUGUCUCCCCAUGAGGUGAUGGGACCAGAUGCCAUGAUCUUAGUUUUAUGAAUGUUAAGCUUUAAGCCAAAUUUUUCACUCUCCUCUUUCACUUUCAUCAAAAGACUUUUUAGUUCCUCUUGCUUUUCUGCCAUAAGGGUGGUGUCAUCUGCAUAUCUGAGGUUAUUGAUAUUUCUCCCGGCAACCUUGAUUCCAGCUUGUGCUUCUUCCAGCCCAGCGUUUCUCAUGAUGUACUCUGCAUAGAAGUUAAAUAAGCAGGGUGACAAUAUACAGCCUUGACAUACUUCUUUUCCUAUUUGGAACCAGUCUAUUGUUCCAUGUCCAGUUCUAACUGUUGCUCCCUUCUCCUAGCCCCUUGCUAUCACUAGUCCACUUUGUUGCUAUAGAUUUGCAUAUUCUGGAGAUUUUAUAUAAAUAGAAUCAUACAAUAUGUGGUUUUUCGUAUCUGGCUUCUUUCACUUAGUAUAGUGUUUUCAUGAUCAUCCAUGUUGAAGCCUUAAUGAGUACCUCAUUUAUUCCACUGUAUGGCUGUUCCACAUUUUGUUUAUCUGGUCCAUCAGCAGCAUAGUAUCCAUUUUGGGUAUUACGUUUUAUGCACAUUAGUGCACAAGUUUUGUGUGGAUGUAUGUUUUCAACUCUCUCGGAUAUAGCAAAGAGGGAGAUUGCUAGGUCAUAUUGCAACUGAGUUUAGCAUUUUGAGGAUAUGCCAAAAUGUUUUCCAAAGUGGUUGCAUUACUUUAUAUUCUCACCAUCCAUGUGUUGGGGAUCUAAUUCUCCAUAUCCUUGCCAACCUUGCUACUGUUCACCUAAUAGCCAUCCUAUAGAUACACAGUCGUAGCUUCAUUUUGGUUUUGAUACAUUUCUCUAAUGACCAAUGAUGUUGAGCAUCUUUCCAUGUGUUAGUCAUUUGUAUAUCUUCCUUUGGAUCCCUAAUACUUUUUUGUUUGUUUGUUUUGGCCAAUCUAUGUGGCUUGUGGGACCUUAGUUCCCUGACCAGGGAUCGAACCCACUCAUGGCCCAUGCAGUGGAAGCAUGGAGUCCUAACCACUGGAUCACCAGGGAAUUCCCACUAAUCUGUUUGGAAAAGACAAUAUUUUUUUCACUAGGAUUCACUAAAUUCUCUUGUCAAGUGAUUUCUACUAAUUAUCCAUCCUAACACUAACAUUGUCUCAUAAUAAGAUGUUCCGUCAACAAAACAAAUAAUUGAAUCUAAUACAGAACUAUAUACAUUGUAAGACUCUUACAAAUAUAAAUAUGCUUAUUAAUUUCAGGACAAGCUUUUCAUGUAAUUCUUUCAUGACAAUGCUUUAACAUUUAUAGUUGUUUGGGAAAAAAGUCUUAAAAAUAAACCUUAUUGUUUGUC